AUGGAAUUGGAUGCUGUUUCCCCUGCUCAAUCAAAUCGUUCACGUAUUCGUUGCUUCCGUUGUGGUCGUAUGGGUCAUUAUCGUCGUGAAUGUCGUCAAUCAAGAGGCGGCAAUAAUAAUGGCCAAAAGCAAGCACAAGCACAAGACCAGGAUUUUGGCAACGCACUGGGGUUGGUCAAUGUUAUAUCAAGUGAUAACGCAGCUGAGGGUGACCAACAUGGUGAUGAUGCUGUUUCCAUUGCUCUCACCAAGGAGAAUGAGCUGCAAGAUGACUGUUAUCAUUUGGAACAAUUGUGUGCAAGCACGGGUGUAUCGUUACCUUUAUAUGGUGGCAUGACAAGAAACAAGCGAUUUUUGGCAUUGAUUGACACUGGUGCAAGUGCAAGUUACGUUUCAUCAAGAUUAUGCAAGGACUUGGACAAGGUUGAUAUAGCUACGCGCGAAGUUGAGACUGCUGGCGGACAUAGGUUGAAGAUCUCCAAGGAGGUGGUGUUUCCAUUCUCAAUGUCGGGUUGCAAUAUGCAGGCGGAUGCAUAUGUAUUGGACACCAAAUUUGAUGUUAUCCUUGGAAGGAAUUGGCUGGCAGCUUAUACACCGGAGGCAGACUGGAAGACUGAUGUCUGGAAUAUCGCCAUCGAUGGCAAGAAGCACAAGCUUGAACCUGAACGUUAUUUGGGUGACUCUGGUGUACGAUAUUUGUUGUCUCAUCAACAAGUCGGUAAAGCCGUGCGUAAGAAGGAUGUUGAAGCCAUGUAUAUGUUACAUUUGUUGGAGAGCGACAUCAAGUCCAAGGAUAUCCCACCUUCCAUGCAAGCGUUGGUGGAUGAAUACAAAAUUGUCUUUCGUGAUGAGUUGCCUGGAUUACCUCCUGAAAGAGAAUUGGAGCAUGUAAUCGACACUGGUGAUGCAAGACCGAUAUCAAGACCACCUUUCAAGAUGUCUCCAUUGGAAUUGGAUGAGCUACAACGGCAAUUGGAUGAGUUACUCACGCUUGGCCUUAUCAAACCUAGCGUCUCACCUUGGGGUGCUCCUGUCCUCUUUGUCAAAAAGAAGGAUGGUAGCAUGAGAAUGUGCAUCGACUAUCGCGCAUUGAACAAGGUGACCAUUCGCAAUCAACAUCCAUUGCCAAGGAUUGAUGAAUGUCUUGAACGGCUGCAAGGUGCUUCAUUCUUUACAAGUCUGGAUCUCAAGUUGGGCUAUCACCAGAUUCGGAUUAGGGAUGAGGAUGUGCCUAAAACAGCGUUCAAUACCCGUUAUGGUCAAUUCUCGUUUUUGGUGUUGCCCUUUGGAUUAUGUAAUGCUCCACCUACAUUCCAAGGCCUGAUGAAUCGUGUGCUCGGUGACUAUAUUGAUCGCUUCGCUUUGGUGUAUCUUGAUGACAUAUUGAUUUUCAGCACGUCGGCAGAAGAACAUUCCAAGGAUGUUCGGAUGGUGCUCGAUCGAUUGCGUGAAGCCAAGUUGUAUGCAAACAUGUCCAAGUGCGAAUUUGGCAAGACUGAAGUUGAGUUCUUGGGCUUUCGUGUAUCUGCCAAUGGUAUCAAGCCUGCUGAAGGAAAGCUCAAGGCCAUUCAAGAUUGGGAACCUCCUACCAAUGUUCAAGAAGUACGCCAAUUUAUUGGAUUAGCUCAGCACUACAGGCGUUUUAUCCCAUCCUUUGCAAGCAUUGCUACUCCACUUACCGAUUUGACGAAACGAUCUGGACCCAAGAAGCGACCCAUUGUUUGGACGGAUGCAUGUCAAGCAAGUUUUGAUCUCAUCAAGGAAAAGUUGACCUCUGCUCCUGUACUGCAAGCUCCAGAUUCCACCAAGCCUUAUCGUGUUGAAUGUGAUGCAUCGGAUGUUGGUGUUGGUGCUGUGCUGUUGCAACAAGAUGAUGCUGGUGCAUGGCAUCCUUUGGCGUAUGAAUCUCGCAAGCUGUCUCCUGAAGAACGUAACUACCCGGCUCAAGAACGCGAAUUGUUGGCUAUCUUACAUGCGAUGAGAACAUGGCGAUGUUUCUUGGAAGGUCGUGAAUAUGAGAUAUUUACCGAUCAUAAUUCUCUCAAGUAUUUGCGAUCUCAAGCUAAGGCCACACCAAGACUUGCACGAUGGACCAAUGAAUUGGAGCUCUUCGACCCUGAAAUCUUGUACAAGCCUGGUAAAGAGAAUGGUGUUCCUGAUGCCCUUUCAAGAAAGGCAUAUGAUGCCCCACCCGGUGAUACAACAUUAGAGCCUCAAUUCUUAUAUGCAAGCAUGAAUGCCUUACCUGAAUCUCAUCGUCAAGAUUGGCCAUUGUACUAUGUUUCUCGCCCUGAUGAUUUGCCCAAGGAGGUGGUUGACUUUUUGAAUCAAGAACAAGAACACUUUGUGGUGCGUGACGGCAAGGUCUAUCGCAAGAUCAAGCUGAAGGCUGGUGAUGGUGAUCCUGUUGUCAAGGAGGUGCGCUAUUUGCCUUUUGCUCUUCGUGCUGACAAGGUGAAGACUUUUCAUGAUGGCUUUGGACAUGCUGGCAAGACCACAAUAUUCGACUUGAUGCAUUUACGUUACUGGUGGCCAAGUAUGCGUGGUGAUAUUCGUGAUUGGCUCUCUACUUGUCCUGCUUGUCAAAUGAAUGGUCGGCGUGACUGUGCUCAUCAUGAUGUGAUGCACCCUUUGGAUGUUCCUGCUGCCUUUGCAAGAUGGCACCUUGAUUUCAUUGGUGAAUUGCCGAAGACUGUUCGUGGUAACCGGUGGAUCUUAGUUGCUGUGGAUUAUAUGACCAAUUAUCCCAUUGCAAAAGCUGUCCCUGUUGCUUCUGGUAAAGCUGUGGCUGACUUCUUAUACGAGGAGAUCGUGAUGCGUUUUGGCUCUCCCAAGGAAAUCCUAACGGAUCGUGGUGCAAAUUUCAUGAGCAAGGUGUUAUCCCAUUAUACGCAACGCAUUGGUGCUACUCACAAGUUUACAUCUGCUUUCCAUCCAAGAACCAAUGGCAAGUGUGAACGUUUGAAUGGUACCCUCAAGGCUAUGUUGCGCAAGUAUGUCAAUGGUGCACUUCAUCUUUGGGAUGACUACUUGGAUGCUGCUCUAUUUGCUUGCCGUGUGAGAACCCAUGCCACUACUGGAUAUAGCCCUUUUUACAUGACUUACGGCCGUGAACCAGUUCUGCCAGGUGAUCCCCUUCGCCCAUACAUCUCGGAAGAAGCUCUCAAGGACCCUCGAGUUGUGGCAGAAUUAACCGCUCAAGAAUUGGAAAAGGUGAACCAAGCUCGUGCUGCUGCUACUGCACGAAUGCAAGCUGUUGGCCAAAAGGACAAGGAACGAUGGGACAAGGCAUUGAACAUUGUUGACUUCAAUGUUGG